UACAAUUAGUUUGGGAUGAACCUUCCCACUAUGAGGUCCAUGCAGUUUGCCUUUCCAAGCAAGGGAUCCUGCCAAGGUACCCUAAAAAGCACCCUGCUGUACAUCUGUCAUAUUUACUCAAAGCCGACACCAGUUGCCAAGGAGAUCGUGAUCCUGCUGUCUUUGUGCCUCACAAAUGCUGUGCUGACUGGUGCACUUCUCUUCCACUGGCUAUCAGCUAUCUUGAGAUAUGACCCACACACCUCUGGCACCAUUGCCUGCAUCUGCAGUGUGGUCAUCUUUCUCCUCUCUGUCCUUUUCCAUCCUCUGCGUUGUGUUCUGACCAUGAUGCUCCCAACUCUCUGCACCAAACAGGGCCGGAAGCUAGUAAUCUCAACCUCUGUGAUGGUGCUAGUGUUGAACAUCAUCCCCAACAUAACCAUCAACAUAGGAGCAGUGAUGCACAUUGUGAAGUGCACCUCUGAGGGGUUUGCACAGACACUGUUAAACUCAUCUGACAUUUUAAUUGGAGCAAAGGAGGAGCUUGUUAGACAGACAACGACAGCAAAACAGAAUCCUUUGUUUUUUUGGGGAGAUUUGGUGACCAAUUUGAAUACAUUUGACGAGGUUACACAGAUUGAUGUUUCUGAAGUUAAAAAGAGGUUUCUCAACAUUAGCAGGCAGGUUGAGAUGGACUUUGUACAUGCCAAUGCUUUACUAAAGCAGUGUAAACUUGUAUCAAACAGGAUUCUAGCUGCUGUCUUUAUAAUCUAUUUGAUUAUUGAUUCAGCCUGUUACUUGAGCUCAUAUCUUACAUCAGUUAAAUUUGACAAUGUGUAUUUUUCAAACAAAUUAAUCCAAAAAGCAUCAAAUAAUGGAGUCUAUAUAACUUCCACCAAAAAUAUGGUUAAUUCUGCUGGUUGUAAAAUAACAAAACAGGAAUUUUCUAAAUGUCUGACUUCAAUUGUAGUGGUGAGUUUAUAUUUCACUGCAGUUGUCUUAGUAAUUGUUUUGGAUCACAUUGUGUAUUAUUUUGUUACCAAAAUAAAAACCUGGCUUGUUUAUCUUAUUCUCCAACAGAUUCAGUUUUACGUCCCUGCAUCGUGUCUUACCAAACCAUGUGUGGCGUUUGAGCUGGUAAACUUCCACAAAGGCUAUAAGGAGUCCUUCAGCACUGCGUCUUUCCUGUGUGAUCCAGAGUUCUCAUCCCCAGAUCUGGAAGUGAGAGUUUGGCUAGGACUUCUCUUCCUGCUGAGCUACACUAUGGUCUUCUUGGAGAUCUACGCCAGGAGACUGCGCAGAGCAAUAACGUCAUCCUUUUACAGAAAGCAUGAGAAAAAAAGAAUGGAUUUCUUACUAAAGAAAAUACAAGUAAAGCAAAGAUGCAAGAAGAAAGGUGUUUUUCACAUUACAAUUGCACAGGAAAGUACUGGUCAUGUGGUACUGUAAGUGUGUCAUGGUUAUCAACACAGUGUCAAGAGUGAGUGUUUCAUCCCAAGUGCCACCUGAGGACAGAACAUGCAAGAGUGAGUCACUGUCAUAGACAGACACAGAACACCACUCUACCGCCUCUUCUCAUCAACAAACACAUGUGAAACUAAGAGGCCAGGCUUGAGCUGCACACACAGUAUCUGUUGUUUCGAAUGUUGUCCAAUUACAGUAACUUUAUGCAAUUUGUGAGAUAAUCUUUAGUGUUUUUAUGAGAACUUCCUGCUCUCUGGGCAUCUUCACUAUAUGUCAUAAAGUUAAUAUCCCACUAGGUGUCACUAAGUGACUAUGAUUGUAACUUCAAUUUCAAGGACAGGAUGUGUCAAUCCUACACAGUAGGUGUUGAAUGAGACAGGGGAAUUUGAUUACUGAAAAUCU